AUAUUAAGAAAGCAGUGGAAAGAAGAAAUAUGAAUAAGGCUUCAUCAAGGUCCAGUCCGGCACGAAGUCCAACGGAGAUGCUCGAGCGAGACAGUCGGGAUGUGGCUGCUCCACCUCUCCAAGCCUGUCUGUCACUGACACCACGAAGGCAUGAGGGAAACCUCGUGUCUGCUGUUACUACAGCUAGGCGUUGUUUGCAGUACAGGUUGUAAGAGACUUAUCAGGAAGAAUACACUUGACGUUUGCUCCUGCCUCAAAUCUCAGGGAAGCUGAGACGGAUCUAUGGAAGGCCGAGGGGCUGUAGCGUUCGCAGUGCCAUGCUGCAGAGGACUUUGGGAUCUUACCUCUUCUGGUGUCGCAAGCUCCAGUGCUGAACUGGGACUGGAAGAGAGCGCGUGGGUGCAGCACAAGGCAGAGCAGACGUCUCUUGCGCAGUGACAGUGAUGUGUACCUGCCAGCUUCUGCUUUCCCACCCGCCACAGGCACCACACGUGCAGCUCCUGCAAGUCCUCUGUGUGUGAAGCCACAGGCGAGUGGAGACAAGGACUGUACUGUUACAGGACAACUCCGCAUUCCUUUCCAUGGUGUUACUAGGGAGUGCAGGAAGAUGUGCUGUCGUUACAGCUUGAUGUAAGGUGUGCAUCUUCUGUGCAAGAAACCUACCACCAUAAACCAGAGCAGGAGUAGCUGCCAUCCUUGGCAUCACUGGGUUGUGAUGCGCUUAUCCUGCGCAGGGCCAAAUGCUCCUGCAGAGACUGUGGCAUGGGCAUCGCCCGGCCAUGCCUCAGGCACGCAGUGGGUCCCGGUGCAGGCAUGGCAGUAUCAGGUGUGCCAAGUGCUGACACAAGGCCCCAGAAACACUGCCAGCACAGCAACAGGCACCAGUGGCACGUCUUUGGCCUCCGUGGCACUGCAGGUGCGUGAUGCUGGGGGAGUGGAGCAGUGAUGCAGGUGUUAGGGGCGGACACCCCAGCCUCGAGUGCUGGUCCUCGGAUCGUGCUGCAGAGGGCUGGGCAGCAGCACUGAUGCCAUGGGUGUCGGGACCUGCGUCACCCUGAUGUGUAUGAGAGCAAGUGCCCUGAGGAGCACUGGACGUGUGUGACCAUGGGCAUGGGCUUAUGGACUUUACUACCCCCGCGGAUGCCAAAGGCUUUGGUACCAGGGACAGGCACUGGAUUCCAGCUGGCACCGCAGACACCACGACUGGCCUGGGUUGCCAGCACCAGGCCCCAAGCAGCCCCAUGGGCACAGCUGUGGGCGUGCUGGUGCGGGCGAUGGACUCUAGGCCGCACUGCAGGUGUGUGAGCGACGGCUGCCAACGCCAGGUGCGGUGCUGGGCCGGCAGGAUCCAGUGGCUGCAGGAGCAGACUAUGGAAGGAGCGACUGUGGUGCCUCCUCCGUGAGCAGCAGAGCAGUGAUGCAGGUGCCGCAGCAGAGGGGACCCGCGCCACGUCUGUGCUUCAUUGCAGUUGUGCGUUGUUCAUUCUGCACCAUUUUGUCUCUGCAGAUAAUGUGGCCUGUUCUGGUCACCUCCGCUCCAACUGGAAUAAAUGUCAUAUGCCAAACAAUUACACUGCAUCUGACUAUUUUGCUAUAUGGUUUUACAGCUACGGAAAGAUCAGUUACUUGGCAUCCAUCGGAGCAAAUCAGAAGUUCCUCCUGAGCUUCUGCCACCGUUCACUGUAGGCUGGGGGGAAGGGGUCAAUGACAGAUAUAUGUCAUGGGAUGUGGUUACAACACAGAUCACAAACAAGUCGGAUUUGUGUGUCCAGGAGGCUGAGGAGUUUACACCUGGUGUGCAAAUAGUGUUUCUUCUACAGGAGGAGGCUAAGUGUGCUCUUGGUGGCAACUCUGUAAUUUGUCCCAAGGUGUUUUAUAUCUGACAUACAUGGAGCUGGCAUGCUCUGCUUUUAUCUCAGAUCCACCGCAUCCCUGCAGAUCCACCUCCUGUUGUCCGCGGACACAGAACUCGGUCCUGCUGCCUCGCUGCUCCCCAGGUGCCUGCUGCGUGAAUGCUCUGUGUUCUGCUUACCUUUCAUAAACUAGAUUAGGCUGCUAGUGGACUCAAAGUCUGUCAAGUUUUGGAAAUAAAAAGAUUCAAAAAGCUGUUUUUUCUUUUUUCUGAUGGUUGUCAGUAUCUUGGGGAGCGAACAUUCCAAACACAUGAAGCUUAGUGGUUUCUCUGCAAGAUUUUUUUUUAUAUUUUGCUUAUACUACAAUGAAGUUAUGUUGUGUUACCUUUUUUUUUUUUCCUCUGGAAAACAAAAGAUGACCUGGAAAAAAGCCUACUGUUUUGGGAAAAUAUUAAGACUGGAACGUUAUUCUGCCUUGCCUCCGAAGACGGUGCAGUACAAAGUGUGAAGGAGAUGGAUGGUUCAGAGACCCGUAUGUCUAUGGGGAUGGCCGAGAUGGCAGACGUGACCGCUCCCCGCUGCGGGGGAGCCCACGGAGAGACCCCAGAGAUGGUAGAAAUGGGCGAGAUUCCAGAGACCCUCGAGAUAUUCGAGCUAGAGACAUGCGUGAUGCCAGAGACCACCGGGACCUGCGAGACCCACGGGAUAUCAGGGAUCCAAGAGACUUGCGGGACCCUCGUGAUGUAAGAGAUCUUCGGGACCCACGGGAGCCGCUCUACGACCGAUACAGGGAUCCACGGGAUAUGAGAGACCCUCGGGAUCCCAUGUACAGACGAGAUGAAGGUUAUGACCGUUACUUUCGCCGUGAAGACUACUAUCGGCGGAAGGAUGACUCUUACUACGACCGUUACAAAGAGCAUUUUGAUAGAGCACCAGGAAAUUCAGACGACCGCCUGAAGCGUGAGGAGCGGCGCCGAGAGGAGCUAUACCGCCAGUACUACGAGGAAAUCAAGAGACGUUUUGAUGCGGAGAGACCUGUGGAUUGUUCUGUGAUAGUGGUGAAUAAACAGACAAAGGAGUACGCGGAGUCAGUGGGGCGGAAGGUGCGGGACCUGGGCAUGGUGGUGGACCUGAUCUUCCUCAACACGGAGAUGUCACUGACGCAAGCCCUGGACGAUGUCAGCAGAGGAGGGUCUCCUUUUGCCAUUGUCAUCACCCAGCAGCACCAAGUUCACCGCUCUUGCACUGUUAACAUCAUGUUUGGCACCCCACAAGAACACCGCAACAUGCCCCAAGCUGAUGCCAUGGUGCUGGUGGCGAGGAACUACGAGCGCUACAAAACCGAGUGCCGGGAGAAAGAGCGCGAGGAGAUCGCGCGGCAGGCGGCCAAGAUGGCAGAUGAAGCGGUGCUGCAGGAGCGCCCACCCCCCGCGGAUGAGGGCGUCCGGGGGGGGCACCCACCCGGCAUCCAGACUCUCUUGAACCUGCUGGCAGACAACCGCUAUCUAACGGCUAAGGAGAUUGAUAAAGUCAUUAAUUACUUGAGAGACCGGAAGGAACGGUUACUGAGGGGAAGCACUGAUUCUCCUCAGGCGCCCAUGUCAAGACAGCCUUUGGGGGCACCUUCAGGACCAUCUCUGGGCAGUCAGUCCAGCCUUCCCAGCAAUCAGGCUCAUCAGAGUUCACAGCCUCUGGGCUCUGCUCCUUCUGUUCCAGCGUCCUCUUCUAAUCCUCAGCAGGAGCUUCAAGCAAAAAUCCUCAGUCUCUUCAACAGUGGGACAGCAGCUGCUGUAGCAAACAGCAGUUCUGCAGCCCCUGUGGGCGUUUCAGGUGGCACUCCAAACCAGAACUUUGCUAACACAGCCAGUGGUCAGGCCUGGCCCACACCGAUGAGUGCGGGAAAUUUAAACCAGGCUCAGCAGAGAUUGCAGACUCCGAGCACACAGCUUCCUGCCCUCCAGGGCCCUUCAAGAAAUGCAGGUCCAAGACCCGGAGCUCCUCCACAAGCUCAGUCGCUCUAUGGUCAGCACCCAAAUCGCCUCCCUGCACCUGGCAAUGUACCUGCUCAGAGACCAGUAUCUUCUGGGAUCAACUUUGACAACCCCAGCGUACAGAAGGCCUUGGACACCCUUAUCCAGAGCGGUCGUGCGCUCUCCCACCUGGUGAGCCAAACUGUGGGCCAAGGGCGAGCAGGGCCCCCUGCCCAGCAGCCCAUGGGUUCCUACCAGUGACACUGCUGAACCUGCCUGGCCCUUUCCCCUCCCCUUUGUCAUUCCAUACUUAGAGCUGUUCAAAGAAUCCCCUGUCCCUGACACGGGACACGUGCCCCUGGAUGUGCAUGUCCUCUCUGUUUCGGUGAGAGUGCAGCCCAGCGGCAUCGCUGCUGUUGCUCGCGCUGCCCGUCUUCACCUCGGUCUGGUUAGCAGUGUUUGCAGAAGUGUGCUCUGUUGUCUCAGUGGCAGGAGGUGCUCAGAGCCACUGUGGAUAUUCGGUUGUUCUGUCCAGUCCCAGAAGCUGCUGCAGUGACAGCCCUGCUGCGUUUUCCUCACUCCCAGCACCUGGUGCAUCUCCCCAUCACAGUGCAGCCUGCUCUCGCUGAAUGGUCUUACUGUGGUGUUGGGUCAGCGGGGAGGAAAUGAAACGGGACUGAACAGAGCGGUACUCUGACCGGGUGUUCUUGGAGAACCCCCUGUUUUGGAAUGGGCACUAUUUUUCUUUGCAUUUUUUUCUUUUUUUUUCUUUUUUUUUUUUUUUAUGGUAUAUAGGGCAGUUGGCAAGUCCAUUGGUAGUGAUGGAGCUGAACUCCUGAAGCACAGGUCUGGCCACUGCUCAGUCCCCCAGGGCUGUGCUGUUGUGUCCUGGCAAAGGCAGAGAAUUUCUCCUCACCAUGCCCAGCAUCUUUGGUCUGAGCGCUGCGCCAGAUCUGAAACACGAGCUUCUAGCUGAGGCAGACAUUGCAAAUGGUCUGUCGAUUUUCCUACACCCAGUGGUCAGUGUUAAGAUCAAUCUGUUAAAUUUGGCAUAUGAAUUUCCUUUUCUUAUGAUGCUGCUUUGGGACGGUUGGUUACUGGAGCCCCCCAGCUCAGCUGCAGCUGCGCUGAGGUGCUGCCGGCCCUCCCCAGGGUGCGUGUCUGCUCCGCAAACCUCAUCUCCCUGUUGGCUGCAGUUUGUCCAGCCGGGGGGAGAGGCAGUGCCAAGAUGCAAUACCAUAAUUUUGUACUUUUCUUCAACACUUUGAAAGCAGCAGUAGACAGUUGAGCAGAAAAUCGGCCAGUGAUUCUUCAUGGUGUUUUUAACGAGUAACAUACUUUGAUACCAGAACACAAAACAUCUCUUAGCAAUGUCGUCCUCCCCAUCACAGCCUUAGAGUCUGUGGGCUUCCUGCAGACAGCCCAGAGAAAUUAAGCAAGCGCUGUUCUUGGAACUGAGGAUUUUCUGUGUCCCAGGCGGUUUGUGUUGUAGCUUUUUUUUUCUCUCUGUGCUGUUAACAAGAGGACAUUACUUUUUAAUAAAAAGACAGGAAAAA